AUGGACUGGGCUCGGCAACAGCUCCUACAUUCAUUGCUAUCGAGAUCAGACUCUCGUUCCCCAACCCCGGAGGAUGCUUUACGUACCCAGCAGAAAAAGAGCACCACCUCCGUGCAAACUGAGCUGGGAGUUGCUUCUGCCGCUUCAAAAUCGAACGCAUGGAUAUGGAACCCGAUAUGGCUACGUACAAGCUUCCUCUCGGCAACAGCAUCGACCUUCUUUGCUUUCAUUGCGGUCUUGCUGCUCUUGCUAUACUUUGCCAAAGCAGAUGACGGCCUAACCCUCCGGACCUCAAAUCAUUUUACAUGGACAUAUGGGCCGACCGCAGUGCUCACAAUAGUCGUGGCUGCCUGGCGGCAGAUCGAUUACUACUGCAAGGCCCUUGCACCGUGGGAUGAGCUGUAUCGAGGAAACGCUCAUCCGUCGAAAAGUGUGCUUCUCGACUACAAGUCUCCCUUACAAAUUAUAAGCUUCUACAACGCAGCCAAAAACAGACACUUCACUGUUAUCGCCACCAUACUUGGUUUCGUUGUUCUCAAGUUGAUCACUGUUGCCUCCACGGGCCUUCUUUUUCCGAGCUCCAUAACCGUGCCUAGCAGUCAAGUUGAAGUCUCAAGAAUCACAAAGCUGGACGGUUCACUGUAUGAUGCGUCAGCCAAUCAAGGACUUUUCGACCCAUCGAUCGUGUAUACUGCCUAUGCUGCCAUGAACAAGGGUCUACCUUAUGCAGAUGGGACGACAACUGAAAUGGUGUAUGAACAAAUUGGCGCGUUCAAUUUACCGCAGCAGACUCGAGACAUCAAUGGAACGGUUAGCGCAGAGGUUCGUGCCCUUGUUCCCACAUACCACUGCGAAAGUGCCCCCGUGGCAGUAAAUCUUCAGCCGGCAAAUGUGACAGAUCUACAUCCCGAAGAUACUCUCCAGUUACUAUUUCCCGAAUGCACUUUACGAGCCGAUGGGAAAGGGACCCCCGUCUAUGCUCUCAAUCCACAGACGUUCGUUUGUCCAGAACGUCAGCUGAGUCCUCUAUUGCAGCAAAUUGAUUGCAACACGCAGACCUCUCCGGGGAGCCAAGAUAAUUGGCAACUUUUGACCUUGACGGACUUUCGCUACAAUCAAACGAUUGCCAAUGCGAGCGGCCUGACUUUGGGAGACCCAAUCUCUGCAACGGCUUGGUCUACGGGCGUGGCAGAGGUGGUUGGCAUUGCCUGUAGAUCGGGUUUUUCAAUCGAAAAGAUUCAGUUAUCCUAUGAUUUCCAGAGUGUUCCUCGAGGCAUUCGCGCGGCUCGUACAGGGGACAGCAACACAACCGUACUUGGAAAUUUUACAGGCUUCGACCUCGGUGUUCUCACUACUUCGGCUCUGAGUGCCAGCGCAGAUAUGUUCGGCAAUCUGGUAGAUAACCAAGAGGUUCUUGAGUACCCGAACGUACUUUUCAAAAUGAUGGCUGCCAUGAGUGGUGGCACUUACGAAGAUUUGUUGAAUGAGAAGACCAUGAUCACAGCCGCGGAGAAGGUUCUUCAACAAGUUGCUCUUCAAUCAGCUGCUAAGUACAUCGUCAGCAGUGACAACACAACGCUCCCAGGCACCUUCCUCCGAAACGAAGAGAGGCUCCAGAUCAGCGAUUUUUCACUCUGGGUGAUGUUCUCGGGAAGCGCCGUAAUGGCUUUGUUUACGUUAUUUCUCCUAUGGAAGCGACCGAAAAAUCUUUGUCCCCAUGAUCCCGAGUCCUCGAGCAGGACUGCAGAGCUCUUGGCCCAUAGCGUCGAGUUUAGGGAUACAUUGAGACGGGUUGGGCUCAGUGGGGAUGAUGAGGUCAAUGCCAAACUACAAGACUUUAGAUUCAGUGCGGAGCGUCGAGCGUUUGAUGACGAUGAUCAUGUCGUCUCUCUCGCGCUAUCAUCCUCGUCUGCACGGUCUCAGGAUGCCACAUACAACAACGAUAUAUCUCGAAAUGAUUGGAAGGCGUGGUGGAGUCCCCUCACGCUGAAAACUCCAAUUCUCGUCAUCAGCCUCGUCAUCCCACUGGCAACUGUUGGAGCUCUCGAAGCAGUACAGCAAGUUUCUGAUGAACGGCAUGGAUUCGUUGCUGUCCCUGAUUCGACCGACACUUCCAUUUCCAUAUAUACCCGGUUCCUCCCAGCAUUGUUGAUGUUGCUAGUCGCCACCAUGAUCAAUGCUCUCGAUUUCAAUAUUGCCGUUUUAGCCCCAUACAAUGCGCUCCGUUCCGAGGAUCGCCAUUCGUUAUUGAGAAGCAUUACAACUUCAAAUCUAGGUCAUCCCCCUCCGCUUGCCAUUUGGAGGUCACUGCGACACCGCCAAUGGGGGCCUUUCCUAUCUGGGAUUGCCAGCCUUGUCGCAAGUGUUCUGACUAUUGUGGUUUCCGGCCUGUAUACUGUCGACAGGUUGCAUUUGUCUCAGACAGUCUCUUUAGAUCGUUCAGACAUUUUCAAGCCCAAUUGGAUUAACAGUGUCAAGGACGAUGGCUCGGCAGCAGUUAUAGCGAGCUUAACGGAAAGUUUAGGUCUGGACUAUCCACAGUUCACAUACGGAGAACUAGCCCUGCCAUCCCUGAAGCCUGUUAUGUCGGCGAAAAGCGAUAAUGAGCCCAACUCAACUGUGCAAAUACGACUUCCAGCGUUGCGCAGCGAUCUGCAGUGCGUGGAACUGGCUAGUGAUAUGGUGAAUGUAUCGGUAGACUAUAAUCUCAGGAUCGAGACGGCGCAGGCAUCAGUGUCUGCUGUGGCACCGUUACCACCAACGUGUCUGUUCGGCGGCACAAAUGGAACGGCAAAUUACAUUCAGUUCAGUAACACUUUUACACUGCGUGGGAACUCGAGUUAUGUCGGGAAGCUCCUGGAUCUGCAUGUGGGCCCAUUCGAUCCCAUACAGGAUUCUAGCUUUGGCGAGCUCUCGCCGAACACACAGGCGGACAAUCCUCCUGGAUGCCCUUCUCUAGCAUUCGUCUAUGGAUAUGCAGAUGUCAAUGCCCCAUCUAGGACAGCGAUGACGACCUUGAUGUGCUCUCAGUAUAUUGAUCAAGUUUCAGCGAAUGUAACUUUCACCUGGCCCGAUCUGGCUAUUCCCACCAUUCAACCCCCCGUUGUGAAUGACUCUUCCGCGGAACGACUCCUGAGCAGUGCAGACGGCGAGACAGCGUUCCAGUUCCGUCUACAACUGCACAUGGACGAUGAAUUCUCCUCUUUCAACCAGACUGCGAACAACACUUCCACACUCGCGGAAAGCUCAAGCCCAUUGGACAACUUUUUUCAAGGCGUCCUCUUUGGCAAGCAGCCGCUGGACAUUUCUCUUCUGGCGAGCAGCCGUGAAGCAGACAUCUCACAGGUCUUUGGUGGCAUCCGCGGGUUCUACCGUCGGUACAUGGCACAGGCCAUAUCAAGCAACAUGCGAGUGCCCCCCGAGAACCGCACAACAACCGUGACAGGCACACUCCUAGACGCGACAGUCCAAGCCCGCAUCGUGCAAGAUCGAACCGCGAAAGUCAUUCUCCAGGUCCAACUGGGGUUAAUCUUCGUGCUUGCCUCUCUCGCCACAUACUGUUCCAAGCUACGUGAGAUAUUACCCUUCAAUCCGUGUACUAUUGCGGGCGUGGCGGCUCUGUUCGCGUGGAGUAGAAUGUGCGACUUGGACGAUCCUGUGGGGAAGGGAGUCAUGGAAAAUAGAGGAAAGGGACUGUGUGACGGGCGAUAUAGAUAUAGGUUGGGCUGGUGGAAUAUCGGGCAGGGGGGAGGAGAAACGCAUAAGUGGUACGGAAUUGACGCUAUAAAGGUAGAGGAAGAGGACGCAUAG